AAAUGCCUGUGCUUUGCGUCAUCCUCUCAAUCCACCAAUGGCGGGCUGUAAACGCGGGGGAUGUAAUCGUUUGGAUUUGGGUAGAAGGGCAGUUUAUUUCCUGAUAGCGUUUUGCUAUCUAUGUUAUUGAUCUACUGUUAACUAGAUGUUUUACUAGGUUUUGUGAAACCAUAGAGUCAGCUGUAACGUUAGACAUGGGGGAGCCCAAGACGACCAAAUUUGGGUCCAUAGAAGAAGAGCUGAGUUUCUGGAAGGAUCAGUCAGACAAACACCAGCAAAGGGCUGAGGAGGCACAGGAGGAGUUGCAGGAGUUCCAGCAAAUGAGUAGGGACUAUGAGGCGGAGCUGGAGACUGAGCUGAAGCAGUGUGAAGCGCGGAACAGAGAACUACUGUCCAACAACAACCGGCUACGCAUGGAACUGGAGAACAUCCAGGAGAAGUACGAGGCGCAGCACUCUGAAGCGUUUAGGCAGAUCUCAAUGUUGGAGGGAGACCUGGAAGAGACCACAGCGGUCAAGGACCAACUCCAGAAGUACAUCAGAGAGCUGGAGCAGUCCAACGAUGACCUGGAGAGGGCCAAGAGGGCGACCAUCAUGUCCCUGGAGGACUUUGAGCAGAGGAUGAACCACGUGAUCGAGAGGAACGCCUUCCUGGAGAGUGAGCUGGAUGAAAAGGAGAACCUUCUGGAGUCUGUCCAGAGACUAAAGGAUGAGGCCAGAGAUUUACGACAGGAGCUAGCUGUACAGCAGGUCCAGGAGCGACGCCCCCCCAGUAGCCUCUCUAAAGAGAAAGACAGGACCGAAUCAUCAUCAUCAUCACGCUCCACCAUACCGACCACCCCCUCCAAACCACUUGGUAUAUUCCCAGAAACCCCAGCCUCAAGCAUUCGUCGAGGGGAUAACCUAACAGGAACUCCCCUGACUACAUCGGCUCGCAUAUCUGCACUCAACAUCGUCGGGGAGCUCCUAAGAAAAGUUGGGAACCUGGAGUCCAAGUUGGCUUCUUGUCGAGACUUCGUAUACGACACGUCGCCGAAAAGACCGGCUCUUCCGUCGUGUCCCGGUACCCCCUCUGCUAUAGAGGGGGGCACAGAGAUCCAGGCCUGCAGCAUGAGCCCUCCACACUACGACAGUUUGGUGAAGCGGUUAGAGUUUGGACCUGCGCCUCCUCGGGGGGUCUCCUUCCACGGCUCCCAGUCACCAUCGGGGAGUCAAGAUCCUGCUAUGAAACGAGGGCCUCCCCUGCCCCCUCCACACCCCUGCACUAGACUGUACUACCCAUCAGUAGGGCUUUAA